ACGUUUAAAUGAUGAAUAAAAGCAGUUUAAAGCAACUUGCAUUAAAAUGAACAGUUGACAAAAGAGAGAGACUAAGGCACACUGGCAAUAGCCUUGCCUCCACCAAAAUGUGCUUUCGGUAUAGUGUUUAAGCAAGUUGAUAAAGCCAUAAUCACAACAAAGUUGGCAAACCGAGCAAUCUGCUUGCUCUAAGCAAAUCAAAGUACUUGCAAUCCCCUGCUUAAAAUCCCAGCCCUCUGUGCCUCACUGCAGUUUAGUUGGAACUUAAAUGCUGGCACCAUGGUGACAGAACAGCAGGGGUGGGGAGAGACAGGUGAGCCGCAAAGGGACAGCUGGGGUGGCUCCUUUGCCACCAUUGUGCUUCCCCCCCAAUGCUGCUGUUUUGGACUUAGCAAAAUAGUAGGCUGAGGAGGAGGAAAUCAGUGGCAGAGUGGGAUGUUUUUUGGGCGGCUGUCCCAGGCUGUCCCUCUGUGGCCUGUCUAAGCCACAGUUUGGCCAAACUUUUGGCAUGUACAUAUUUGUCAGCUCUGGACUGGACUGAUGUGAGGCAGCAGUCAAAGGAAGAUGCCCAAACUUGAGGGCUUUGAGUUCUGGAGAAACACACUGAAAGGUGCCCGUUUUGUGGUUGCUCCCAUGGUGGAUCAGAGUGAACUGGCUUGGAGACUGUUAAGUCGCCGCCAUGGAGCCCAGCUGUGUUAUACCCCUAUGCUGCAUGCUCAGGUCUUUGUCAGAGAUGCCAAUUACCGUAAAGAAAACUUGUAUUGUGAUGUGUGCCCUGAAGAUAGACCUUUGAUUGUGCAGUUCUGUGCCAAUGACCCAGAAGUGUUUGUCCAGGCUGCCUUGUUGGCUCAAGAUUACUGUGAUGCUAUUGACUUGAAUUUGGGGUGUCCUCAAAUGAUUGCAAAAAGAGGUCACUAUGGAGCAUUCUUGCAGGAGGAAUGGAAGCUUCUUCAGAAGAUGAUUGUGUUGGCUAAUGAGAAGCUCUCUGUUCCCAUCACGUGCAAAAUCCGUGUUUUCCCAGAAAUUGGCAAGACUGUGAAAUAUGCCCAGUUGCUGGAGGAGGCUGGUUGUCAACUGCUGACUGUCCACGGUCGCACAAAAGAACAGAAGGGGCCUCUUGCUGGCGUGGCCUCCUGGGAGCACAUACAGGCCGUGAGAAAGGCUGUAAACAUCCCUGUGUUUGCAAAUGGAAACAUUCAGUACCUCAGUGAUGUGGAACAGUGCAUUCAGAAGACAGGAGUUCAAGGUGUCAUGAGCGCAGAGGGCAAUCUCCAUAACCCAGCUUUGUUUGAAGGAAGAAACCCUGUAGUCUGGGAGAUGGCUGAGGAAUAUCUGGAAAUAGUACAGCAGUAUCCUUGCCCACUGUCCUAUGUCAGGGCUCAUCUCUUCAAGCUCUGGCAUCACACGUUGCAAGUUCACCAGCACCUGCGUGAUGAGCUGGCAAAAGUGAAGACCCUGGAGGGACUUGUGGCUGUCAAUAGAGAGCUGACGUUGCACUGCCAGGAAGAAAUAGCCAGUUUGAAGGAAGACGAGAAGCCAAAAGGAGGAUUGCCUUUCUUCCAUUGGAUUUGUCAGCCAUAUGUCAGACCUGGGCCCAAGGAGGUGUGCAAGGAAAAUGGCACUAGUGGCAUGGAAGGAAGCACCCGGGGUAAACGAGCUUUGGAGGAUGCGGAUGAUGGGAACUCGGACGGUCUCUCAAAGAACAAGCAAAAGAAGAAAUUGAGAAAUCCUAAUAAAAGCUUUGAUCCAUCCUUAAAACCUAAAUAUGCAAAGUGUGAUCAGUGUGGAAACCCAAAGGGUAACAAAUGUGUAUUUAAUCUGUGCCGAGGCUGCUGUAAGAAAAGGGCUUUUAGAGAGACAGCAGAUUGUCCAGGUCAUGGUCUGCUUUUUAAAACCAAAUAUGAGAAGUCCCUUUCAUGGAAGAAUGGCCAGUCCAGUCUGGAGAAUAUUGAAGUGACAGCACAGAAAGGAGAGGUGGAGGAGACUAUAUUGCUCCAAGAAGCUAUUGAUGGUGUGGCGUGAGGCAUGGAGACUCCUCCUGGUUGUGCUUCCCAGCCUCUUGUCUCCUCGGGCCAAAGAAAUAAUCUGCUUCCAGACCACAACGGUUGACUCCACAGACCUGUUCUUAAACGACAGACAAGUCUUACCUAAAGAAAAAUGUCUUUCUCAGGGAAAUAUCCUGUAAUGGAAAUAAAAGGAUGCAACGAAAGCUUUUCAUCCUGUGUUCGAAAGACUUCAAAGACUGAGCCAGAAGGGCUGGCCUUAAAAUGCUGCAUUGGAGACACCUCUACAGAUUUGACCUGCCUGUUUUUAAACUGUGUGUGGUUUUAAAAUUGGCAAAUAAAACUUUUAUAUCAGAACGUA